GUCCAAGAUGAACAGGUUGAGCUUCCUGUGGCGUCUGAUUGUAACAACAGGUAUUUUGAAAGAAACAAUUGGGAAAGCCUUCAUAGAAACAAAGGACGUCCAACUGACGACAAAUAUUGAUCUGAGCCAGAGGGAUCAGCUGCUUCUGCAAGUCCGAGGCUGUAAGGAUCUCUUCGUUGCGCUUCGUGAGAAAGAAGGGGGGAACGAGGCACUUAUCCGUAUUGGCGUAAGCGGAAAUAUAGGUCUCUUUGUGAUACCAUGCCACCACUGCGCAGUGCAAAACGGCGCCACAUCAGCCUAUCUCGACUGUGCAGCCUUCAAGCCCUUCUGGGUCAAAUGGGCGGGAUUGACGGUGCAAAUUGGUCACGGCCAUGAUGUGGGAUUGCAAGAAAUUGUAUUAACUACAUCCAUCGAGACUUACAAAGUCAACUUCCUGGACCUCACAGGCGUUGCUGACUGGAUCAUUGAAACUGAGGCCUCGAAGAAUGUCCGUCACCAGUUCCGGCGCACUCUGAAAGGUAUGAUCGACGCCCUGAAAGUGUUCAAAGAGCUUAAUGCUCCCAACAUCAUCAACUGCAUUGAAGCGUGUCACGAAAUCGAAGGAUGUCAAAGUAUCAACUACAACAAGCAAGACAGCGUCUGUGAGCUCUUUGCAGCUUUGCCGGGAGAGGGCGACUUCAAGGCCAAGGCCAACGUGCAAUCAUGGAUUGUCGCUGUAUGAAUACUCUACUGAGCAGACGCAUGAAUGAUCAAAUAGUCUGAUGCAGCGCAGCCCGCUCUUCGUGAAGUCACUCACUCACUACACUUUCUCGGUGACUUUAGAGGUGUUUAUUACUUUUAGUAUUUAUCACCCUCCAUUAAAUAUUGUACAGCCUUUCACAACAUUUAUGUUUUACAAACGUUCAACUUUAAAUUUUCAUUGAAACGCCAAGCAAGAAGCUCCAUCUCCUUUAUGAUCAACACUCACUCACUCACUCUAUAUACAAAUAUGUCAGGUGCAGUUCCCUAUUUUGACUUAUACCACAUGUUCCCAUGUUUCUUGUGUUAGGUGAACAAAUGACUUGCAUUUGCAUGUGUUUUUGACCGUUGAGCAUGAUACGGUCACCUUUUCACGAACUUUUAUCAUCACUAUUCCAUGCUAAUUCUCAAACAGUUGCUUAUAAUAUAAUCGGAAUCGUAUAAUCGAACCUGCUUUUAGCAGAUAUUUCUCAGAAACAUGGAAAAGGUUUUGUCGCAUCUAUAAAACAAAUGUCACUCGAGAUAUCAAGACCCAUCCUAUGGAAUAAACAUCAUCUUACUCGAAAAACAAACUUACAAGAAUUACGAGGAUAGACUUAAGAGUGACUAUAUUGUGUAUUAUUGGAUCAUCCCCAGGGCAUUAGUCUAUAAAACAAGUAUACAUUCAAAGUAUUUAUCGAGGCAAUCUCGAAACAUUUGGUGAAAGGUAAUCUAUUGUUCUAUUGUGUCUACCUUGUCAUCCGCCAACUUCUAAGUAAUGCCUAUCAAACAAUUUACAUGGUGUAAAUACUAAGAUGAUUCUAUUUUAUUGACCCUUGAAGUUAAGUGUGUAUAUUUAAGGUAUUCACGUUUAUUAUCAAAUGAUUUAUUAA